AUGCCACCCAGUUUUUCUUCUUCUACUCCUGUGGCUUGUGACAAUGAGUUGACAUCAGUUACUGAAAUAGAAGAUGAUGAGCAACUUGUUGAUUACAAUUCUUCACGUAAACGCAUGAACUUUGAUAUUAAUGUGGUCCAUAUGUCUGCGGAUGAUUAUGCUAUUUUGGAGGAAGAAUUGGCUCAUCUUGAUUUUGAACCCAGGGAGGCUACAUUUCAGAAGCCUAAAGCUAUUGAUAAUCAUCUAAAGGCAUUGUACAUGAAGGGUCACAUCAAUGGGAAACCAAUCUCUCGAUUGCUAGUUGAUGGAGGGGCGAUUGUUAACUUGAUGCCCUAUUCUUUGUUCAAGAAAUUGGGUCGUUCAGAUGAAGAGCUGAUCAAGACCAACAUGACCAUUAGCGGUGUGGGAGGAGGCGAGCCUAUCGGAGCUAAAGGUGUCGUCUCUAUGGAGCUCACCGUCGAGAGCAAGACGUUGGCUACCGCUUUCUUCGUUGUCGAGACACAAGAUAACUUUAGCUUGAUUUUGGGACAUUAUUUUGUUAUAGUGGCUACUAAUUAUUUCACCAAGUGGACCGAAGGAACUCCCCUCAAGAAUAUGAUACAUCAGGAGGUAAUUGAGUUUGUUAGAGAACAUAUUGUGCAUAGGUUUGGCAUUCCACGAACUUUAACCUUGGAUCAAGGGACUUCAUGCAUAUCCAAAGAGGUGCGUGAGUUUGUUGAAUCCUAUGGUACUAAAUUGCUCAAUUCAUCUCCAUAUUAUGCUCAAGCUAAUGGACAAGCCGAGUCUAGCAACAAGAUUUUGAUUAAGCUCAUCAAGAAGAAGAUAGACGAAAAUCCUAGAAGGUGGCAUGAGGUAUUAUCUGAAGCUUUGUGGGCUUAUUGUAUUGCUAGACAUGGUGCGACUAAAGUUACUCCUUUUGAGAUUGUCUAUGGUCAAGAAGCUAUUUUGCCUGUUGUAGUGAAUCUAGGCGCAUAUAGAUUAGCUAAGCAAAAUAAUCUUGAUGUUGAUACUUAUCAUACCUUGAUGAUGGAAAAUGUUGAUGAGGUGACCGACAAGCGAUUGGAGGCUUUGAAGGAGAUUGAGAAGGACAAAAUUCUAGUUGCUAGAGCACAUAAUAAGAAGGUAAAAGUUAAAUCUUUCCAGGUUAAUGAUUUGGUUUGGAAGAUGAUUCUACCUAUAGGGACCAAGAGCAACAAGUUUGGCAAGUGGUCUCCAAGUUGGGAGGGGCCAUACAAGAUUGUGAAGGUGCUUUUUAGGAAUUCCUAUAUGGUAGAAACUUUGCGAGGAUAG